AAAGGCAAAUUGAAACGCAGUCGAGCGGGAAAAGCUAAGGAAAGGAGAUCCAAGAAAUCAAGGAACUAUGUCUGAUGUCAAUAUAAACGUCCAGUGCGCCGAGUGCUACCAUCGUCGAGGAGUCCUGUACUAUGCCAAUCCUUUGGCCUGGGGUCGUCCUUGCCGCCAAUGCCGCCGAAUGAUGUCCAGAAAUGUGAUUGUCGUGCCCACUCAGAUGGGAGUUCCAGCUGCCACCAAUAACACCAUCAAUGCAACCACCACUACGACCACUUUUGUACCAGUCACUGUUUCCAACUACUAAAUGAACACGAUUCCAAGAUAAUAUAACCUAAAACGAUUUUCUAAAGUCUAAUAAAAAUCACUUAUAAAGCAAAAUACUA